AUGUACUCUGGAGGCAUUGACCCGGCUCUGCUUGCGAACGGCGACCCGCUCGCCCCGACUCCCCCUCUCAUCGAAGACCGCGAACAGUCGCCAGGUGCAGACACUCCAGAGCGCGACGAGUCCGAGGAGCCGCGACGACGGCCUACAAAGCGCAAACACUCUCCGUCCGCCGCGACACCCCCCUCUCAUUCGCCCGCACCAGCCCUUGCCGACCCGUCAGACGUCUCCAACCCUCCUGUACUUGUCUCGCACACAGCACAACUACCCGACAGCCCAUUCGAGUUCUUCGCGACCCGUUCUCACCCCUUCAACAAGUUCGGGUUCCGCUACACGCCUUGCGGACCGUCUCCUCACACUCUUCUACCGGUCCCGCCUCAACGGUCAAUCGAGUCGUACCCUCAGGGUAUUCGGUGGAGCUGGGAAGAUCGAAGCUUGUUCACCUUGUUGACGGAGGACGCCAAGACGCUCACGACAGACAAGGGUUGGCGCGCGGCACGAAGUAACAUCGGCGUGCGCGAAGGUGCAUGGUAUUGGGAGGUGCGGAUAGACCGCAGUGGCGGAGAAGGCGGGCGAGACCAGGGCGGUGAAGGGCAAGGCAGCUGGGUUCGGGUGGGAGUAGGCAGACGAGAAAGUCCUCUGAAUGCCCCGGUCGGGAUUGACGGAUACUCGUAUGGCUACCGCGACAAGAGCGGCGACUCUGUCACUCUCGCCCAACCGACUCCCUACGGCAAACCCUACGGCUCCUCCACUGUCAUCGGCAUCUACCUCGCUCUCCCCCCUCGACCCGCCUACAAUAUAGCCGACAAGCGUUCGCCCGCCCGAGUUGUUCGCAAGCGCAUCCCGAUCCGCUACAAAGGCCAGCUCUACUUUGAGCAGCUCGAGUAUGCGCCCAGCAAGGAGAUGGAGGAGUUGCUCGUCGAUCCUGCGCUCAAGGCGUUCAAGCAGCGGCAGAAGGAGGAAAAGGAAGCGAAGGCGAAGGCCGCGGCUCCUGGCACACGAGCACCGCCGGCGAACCUCGACGAAGGUCCGCCUCUUCGUCCCUUGCCGAAGCUCGAAGGCAGCAAGGUCGCUUUUUUCGUCGACGGCGAGUGCCAAGGCGUAGCAUUUGAGGACUUGUACGACUUCUUGCCACUGCGGAAGAACAAGGGCGGCAAGGAGAAGAAGAAGGAUGCGCGGAGCAUGAUGGAGAACUGGCACGACGACGGCGCACUCGGCUACUUCCCCAUGGCGUCCGUCUUUGGCGGCGGUAUCGCGACGAUCAACUCGGGACCCGACUUUGCCUUCCCUCCACCCGACGACAUCGAGGCCGUCCUCGCCUCCUCGCCUCACCCGCCCCGCUCUCCGCACACGUACAAGCCGCCUCGACUCGACAACCGGAAGACCUGGCGACCGCUGUGCGACCGCUACGACGAGUACAACGCCGAGCAGGCGCGCCUCGAUGACCUCGAUGAGCAAGACGCCGUCCGCGUCCUCCUUGCCGCGCAGAAGGUCGCCGCAGAACAAGCAGCACUUGCCGGUCCCACGGGUGCAGCAGAAGUAGGCAAAACGGCGAGCGACAUGGACGGCUCGUCGACGCCCGCAUCGAAGAAGGCACGCACGACGCUCGCCCAGGCGGCUGUCGUCGCUUCGAGCAAGCUGGCGAUGCUCGGCGCGGUCAAGGAGUCGCUCGCGGUUGGGCAGGGCGAGUCACCGGGCCAGAGUCCGAGCCCGUUGCCUGGCGAGGCGCCUGUCAAGACGGAGACGGAGGCGCACGAGGCGUGA